UUGUCACUUAAUAAAUAUAAAUUAUCAGUGGUUUAAGUGUGAUGUGAUAAGUGAUAAGUCAAAAAUAUUUCACACAAGUGCAUUUUUGAUAAGGUUUGGAGAAAAAAUCUAACACGCGUUAAACUAAAGAAUUUAAAGAAUACCUUACUACUAACUACUAUACUACUAAUACCUGUGAAAAAUCUAAUCAAGAGAACCAUGGCGCAUUAUAAAGGAGCUGCCUCUGAAGCUGGCAGAGCCAUGCAUCUGAUGAAAAAAAGAGAAAAAGCACAGCAAGAAAUAGAAUUACGCAAAAAGAAGAUAGAAGAAGAUCUCAAAAUCGACAAUAUUGAGAACAAGUUUGCCACACACUAUGACGCCGUUGAGCAGCAGCUAAAAAGUUCAACUAUUGGUCUUGUUACUCUUGAUGAAAUGAAAGCAAAACAAGAACAUAUAGUUAGGGAAAGAGAAAAAAAAUUGGCCCAAAAAAAGGCUGAGAAAGAGAAGGAAAGGCAAAAGGAAAUUGAAGCAAAACAGGCUCAAAAGAAUAAACAAAAGAGGCAGAUUCAAGCACUCUCAUUUAAUAUGAAUGAGGAAGAAGAAGAGGAUGAUGCAGAAACUGAAGAAGAGAAACCAGAAAAGAGUUGGAAAGAAAAAGAGGAGCCAAUACUAAAAAAGAUAAAAAAGAACCCUGAUGUGGAUACAUCGUUUCUACCAGACAGAGAAAGAGAAGAAGCGGAUUUGAAAUUAAGGGAAGAACUCAGAUUGGAAUGGGUAAUGACACAGGCCAGUCUCAAAGAUGAACCAAUCACAGUUACAUUCAGCUAUUGGGAUGGAUCUGGCCAUAGAAGAAAUGUUACACUUAAAAAAGGUAAUUCCAUAUACCAAUUCUUACAACGGUGCUUAGACGCUCUGAGGCCAGAGUUUAGUGAAUUGAAGACAAUCUCUGCUGAUCAACUAAUGUAUGUGAAGGAAGAUCUUAUAUUACCACAUCACUACACAUUCUACGACUUCAUUGUUACAAAGGCUAGAGGUAAAAGUGGUCCACUGUUCCAAUUUGAUGCAUCAGAUGAUGUGAGACUUGUCAAUGAUGCCACCCAAGAGAAGCAAGACUCGCAUGCCGGAAAAGUUUUACUAAGAUCUUGGUAUGAGAGAAAUAAGCACAUUUUUCCAGCAUCGAGAUGGGAGCCAUAUGACCCAACAAAAACUUAUUCGAAAUAUACUAUUAAAGGAAAAUAAUCAAGUGUUUGAAUCAUUAUUAAUAGGGAUUAAUGAUUGAAAAAUCUAGAUCUAUCUAAAUCUAAAUCUAGAUCUAUCUAGAAAAUAAAUGUUUCUUAACAUUGGGUUUAAAAAAAUAAUUAAGAUAAAAUAAUAAUAAUAAGCGUUUGAAGUCGUCGUGGCCUAAAGGAUAAGCCGUCCGGUGCAUUCGUGUUGAGCGAUGCAACGGUGUUCGACUCCCAGGCGGGUACCAAUUUUUCUAAUGAAAUACGUAUUGGACAAAUGUUCACGAUUGACUUCCACCGUGAAGAACAUCGUGUAUUAAAAAUCAAACCCACAAAAUUAUAAUUUGCGUAAUUACUGGUGGUAGGACCUCUUGUGAGUCCACGCGGGUAGGUACCACCGCCCUGCCUAUAUCUGUCGUGAAGCAGUAAUGCGUUUCGGUUUGAAGGGUGGGUGGGGUAACCGUUGUAACUAUACUGAGAUCUUACAACUUAUAUCUCAAGGUGGGUGGCGCAUUUACGUUAUAUACGUACGGGCUACAGUAACCACUUAACACUAGAUGGGUUGUGAGCUCGUCCACCCAUGUAAGCAAUUUUUUUUUUUUUUUUUAAAACUUUUAGACGCUGCACUCGACGAUGUAGUGUGCAAUUCUUCGUAUCCCAAAUAUUUCUCUCAUCUCAAAGCAAAAUAUCGCUGGCUCGAACGGCUCGUCUCUCAAAACACUCGUAUAUCGAGGUACCACUGUAUUCGGCUUUGGAUUAAACAUAAAUCUACGGUGUUUCCCGAGCGCUAUGAUAUAUCUUUCUUCGAACGAAGUUUACGGAGCGCACUCAGUGGUGGGACAGUGGCUUGUCUCUGCCCCUGGCAGGGUCUUUAAGUGGCGGCAACUGCUCACCAUCAAAUGGGCAAUAUACUUGUUGGCCUACAAGGGCAAAAAAAACUUGUUCACGAAUAGCCUCCAUGACGCAGGAAUGACUUCAGGAAACCAAACCUGCAAAUAUUGUUUUACUGACGUAGGUAAUCAAUGUCUAUACGGCUAGGCUCUACCCUCUUGUAUUUCUAUCAGGAAGUAUUUCGCCUAAAAUUCUAUCCUGAUGAUUUGGAUCACAGUACUUCAUAGAAUUACAACAGGAUUUUAUCUACCGAAUCGUUCCAACGUCUCAUAAAUGCUAAAGUAUGUGUUACACAUAAAAUUGAGGCCUAUAAAAUCAAAGGCAGCUAAAUCCAAGUCUGUCAAAUAUUCAGGUAAACUACAAAAAUCGGCCCUAAACACGUCAUUAAGAAUCCUCUCGAUCCAUCGAAGUACUGCUCUUGCUAGGGCCAGUGUUAGCAACACUCCCGGCUUGAGAAGCUGAAAUAACUUGUUCGGAUAACUACGAUAUUCUUUAUUUUAAAGCAGAUUUAUAAAGAAUGAGAAUAUUACUAAAAAUCUGAAUUUUAAAUGAUAAAACUUCGUUUAUUAGUACUUAGUACAGAGUAAAAAUAAGAUUUUUGAACUGAAUUUGUUAGAGAUUUAUCUGCAUUUGUUAUAACAUGAAAACACUAAAGCGGGUCCAACUAACUAAACAAGAUAGCGCCGUUGUUAGUUAAUCCAUUUCACGACAUUAAGGCGUUUAGCUGCCUUUGAUUUUAUAGGCCUCAAUUGUAGUAAUUAUUUGAUGCAUAUUUGGUAACAUCCAAAAAAAUACUGAAAUCGGUCGAUAUCACAUCGCAAUAAAAUUUCCAGACUUGUAACCGGUCACAAAUAAUCGAUAUUGUAAAACUGAAUUGUUAAAUUAUUUAUAUAUGAAAAAAACUACUGUACAAGCUUAUGUGUGUUUAAAAACAUAUCAAUAAAGAUAAAAAUUUGUAAUGUAUAACUGAAAUGUAGCAAUAAAACUGUCUUUUUCACAACCACAUAAA